UGACCAUCUUUUAACACGACGUUAAGAACAUUUGCAGUCUCCGCCGUCACUGUCGUCCAAGAUUAAUGUCCUUAUCUGCAAAUGCGUCUUUGCAAAGAGUAUUAGCGCGUUUUUCUUUCUAUAGUCCUCCUUUUGAUAUAAUAUCUCCUAUCUAUAACAUAAAAAAAAUUCCAGACAUCACUAAUUUACACAGACAUACAUUUAUGCAUAUUUGCAUACAUAUACGUGCAUAUAAUAUGCUAGACAAAUUGACUGAUAGAAAUAACAUAACGACAACGCUACAAAUAAAUAGAGCUCAUUAAGAUAAGUAUAUUAAAUAUUUACUGAUGGCUACCCUAGUAGUGCUCUUUGGUUCUAAAUAUCUUUCUUUUGUUCUCUUUUUAUUAUUACAUCUGUAGCGUCUAAAUGAGUCCAUCUUUGGUAUCUAUAUCUUUUUUCAAAGUAAGAAUCUCUUCUUCCUCAGCGUCCGUUUACUGCACUUUCUCACCCUCUGUCAUUUAUUCCACCCACACCGCCCAUACAAACGUUUCAUUGGUUAUCGAUAAUUUUAAAGAGUUUCAAGUCCUAGUUUAAUGGAUCAUAUAUUAUGUAUGAAUUGGAAUGAAGCACCUAUAUAAUUUUUUUUCAAUAUUGAACGGUAGAAAGGUUAAGGUCGAGGUAUCAGUAAACAUUUAUUUACCAGGAAAGAGAUGAAAAAUGUAGUACAUAUGCAUUAACAUAUUUACAUUGUGGGGGUCCUUUAUUUACUAGAUAUAAUAAUUUUAUUUUCUAAUAAAUUAGGACGUUUUCUCCGAAAUUACAAAACUCUUUUAAAAAUAUGAAUGCAUUAAAUAUUUUCCUCUGAAUUAUUUAUUUCAUCUUUUUAAUGAAAAAAAAUAUGUAUAUAAUCUACAUAUUUUACUUUUCAAAUAUAUUUUCGACAAUUUUACUUAUAUAUGCAAACUAGUCUGAUCAUUUUCUGCCUCCUCCGGGGCAUCUCUAUGCCCGCUUGACGUACAUUUUCCCUCUCAUUUCCAAUAAUGUAAUAAACAACACAGCGAAUUGAUGCGGUUGGAUACUGGUCUGAUCAUCGAACUUUGGAAUAAAGGAAUGUUCUGGGACAGUCUAAUCGGAACGCAUUGGCUGCCUUUAAUGGGUGUACGGCAUUCAAAUCAUGUACGAGUUUUUUGUCAAUAUACAUGUCUUCUUUUGCCUUCUAAAAUUUAUUCAAAGUCCUUUCAAACUUUUUUCUUCUUAUAUGAAACAGGAAGGCGCUGGGAAAUGGUUAUCUCUCGAUAGCGAUUUAAUCAUGAAAAAUGGUGAAGUAAUCGGUACUCAAACUCCGACCGGCCAUAGCGUCCUGAUAGAUGUCAGAUUCGAAUUGCCUUGCGGUUAGUACGUAUAGACCAACGCUCCUAUAAAACGCUUCGUCAAUAAAGUUAAUUUAAGCUGAAUGCGCCUUUUUGUUCAUCGCAGUCGAUACAAUCCCGGCUUACGCGUUUUUCUCUUCUUUCCAAUUUUGUAUUUUACUCACACAUUACUCGAUUUAUAGGUCGCCGCCUUUCCCCUUUUUCUUAUAUUUUAUACUUUUUUCCCAUAUAGUAUCCCUUUAUGACAUCCAUAUUAGAAAUGUAUAUUUUAAAUGCGUUUAUUAAAUACUAUAGCGACGCAAAUUUUUAACUAAAAAUAUAUCUAUUACAUUGUGUUUUUCGUGUUUUUUCGCUAUUUUUGUGUCGUGCUUAUCGUACACUGUAAACAGAAUUCGUUAGAUGUAUAUAUAUAUAUAUAUAUAUAUAUAUAUAUAUAUAUAUAUUCUCAUAGCUAUAUUUAGGCUAUUGAUGCUUUCUUUACUCCUUUUCAAUCGUCUUCAGCUUCUUUCUAGUACUAUCAUAACGUACGGUCAGCUUUCUAUAUCUUGAUUUAAAAAGAAAUCGAUUUUUCCCUUCACAAUAAGCAAUCAUUUAGGAAAUUCAGUUGCCUCCCUCUCGUUCUAUUGCGCUCUCUCCUGUCUUUCUUCCCUAUACCGCCCCCACUUUCCUUCUUUUUCUUCCUCUACUUGCACAUCAGUGAUAUUAUAUAAAUAUAUAAAGUAUGAUACCACUUUAUUAGCUGCGACGAAAUCUCUUUUUGCUUAACAGAUAUCCCCGAAGCGGAAGCGGCCGAAUUGCAGAACAAAUUGGAAGUAUUAAACGGAAUAAUGGAUGAAGAGAUGCUAACGCUUCAAGAACAACAACGAAAGGCCACCUAUUCGCAAUGUACGUAUUACGUAGGCGUUUUGUACGUAAAGUAUUAAAAAUCCCAGUAUGCGAUUACCAUCGUUUCUUGAUUGAUGCGAUCGUCUGAUGUCUCUCUUUUAAAUCAUCUUCGUUCCCAGUUUGCUUUCCUCCAGCUACUUCUUGUUUUAAAUCACGUGAUAUUUGUAAACGUUGCAGCAGGGAUGAGUGAAGAUUCCGAUUACACAUCAGACGUCAACUAUCCUCUUCAGCAUCAGUAUAAUGCCAGUGUCCAUCAGUAUGGUGGAGUGGCUAGAAAUGAACAAUGGCGAAUGGUUAGGCAGGAUACAAUUGAUCAAAGAGAUUAUUAUCCCCGAUCGUCCGACCUUGAAAACCAUGUCGCUCCCGAAUAUGAGCAACACUAUGAAAAAGGUUAUGAAAGAGGAUGCUCAAUUGAGCAAUCUUUCUCCCAAGAAUAUGAUGAUUAUCAGCCAUCUUCGCAACCUGUACAUUCGCAUCAACCGCUUCAUCACCGACAAAAGCCGUCAUCACAAAGAUAUCCUCAGUUAGAAUCAUUCGACUCUUAUGACCGUUCAGCCUCGUACGACCAGGAUUAUUAUAAUCCGGAAUCGGACUCCGAACCACUCUACUAUAAUAGUCGACCAAAAGAGCAGCACUUGAACGGACACAGACUGCCUAGGCAAUACGAUUCGUGGGAAGAACAAACAGAAGAUGACAGAUAUUACGGAAGUAACUACGAUUAUCAAUGGCAACCUAGCGAAGAAUCUUACGACGACUAUGAAUACAAUCGCUACGAUCGAUCGACUCACGGAUGGGAUACUGAUGACGUCAGCGUAAUAGAACAGCAAAAUAGCACUAGACGACCUUCGUGGGAUGUAAAAAUGGUAGAAGACGACAAAAGGAAACAAGCUGGUGCUUGGCAACGACCAGAAGACGUUGAUUAUGAAGAGGCUUUGACCAGCACUGAAAAACAUGACUAUUCCACGGCACCGGCUUCUUGGCCUGUCGACGAUCCGGAGCCAACGCCUUAUGAGUCGAGCGCCGAUCGCUACGCAGAUCAAGUUGAAUAUAGCUCCGAAAUGCCGCAAUACGGAAACGAUUUAAGCAGACAAAGCACACAAGAUUUUAGCCCUCACGAUAGUAAAAUUUCCUCGGCAAAUAUCAGUCGACAGUCAACAGAUUACCAAAGUGAUUUAACUGCGGAUUUCGAGCCAAAUGCUGAUAUUCCUUCUCCUGCAAAAAUUCGGUGGAUUAAUGCCUUCAAUAAAAUUUGCGCCAAACUUAAUCAGGAGGGAAGAGAAGGUCGACGGGCUGCAGAACAUAAUGCCUUUUAUAAUUCAAUCGAUAGUAUGCCCGAAAUUAAGCCUAGAAGAAAAUCUAUUCCGCUUGUCAGCGAUUUGUCGAUGGCAGCAUCGAAACGAAAUGCUGGUGUUCCAUCGUCGUUUGCUGGUCGGGCUUCCUUAAUGGAUGAAGAGCUGAAAAUGCAUGUCUACAAGAAAGCCCUUCAAGCCCUCAUCUAUCCGAUUUCGUCCACCACCCCCCAUAAUUUUCGUCCGUGGUCAGCUCACAAACCAACAUACUGUUUUGAAUGCGAAGGUUUAUUAUGGGGAGUAGCUAGACAAGGUUUACGUUGUGCCGAGUGCGGCGUCAAGUGCCAUGUAAAAUGUAAAGACUUGUUGAACGCCGACUGCUUACAGAGAGCCGCGGAGAAAAGUUCAAAACACGGUGCUGAAGACAAAGCAGCAGACAUAAUAACGGCUAUGAAAGAUAGAAUGAAAAUUAGAGAAAGGAACAAACCGGAUAUUUUCGAACUAAUAAGACAAGUAUUCCAAGUAGACAAAAAGAGCCAUGCUGGUCAUAUGAAAGCCGUUAAACAGAGCGUUCUUGAUGGAACUUCAAAAUGGUCGGCUAAACUAGCGAUUACAGUUAUAUGUGCUCAGGGCCUUAUCGGUAAAGAUAAAACUGGGACAAGCGAUCCAUACGUAACAGUUCAAGUUGGGAAAUUGAAAAAGCGAACAAAUACUGUACAACAAGAAUUGAACCCGGUUUGGAACGAAAAGUUUUAUUUGGAUGAAGAUAACGAUUUGAAAUCUAAACUACGACAAAAAUUAACAAGAGAAUCUGACGAUUUUCUUGGUCAGACGAUUAUCGAGGUUCGAACCUUAUCGGGCGAAAUGGACGUCUGGGAUGAGGAUAACGACCUCCGUUCGAAAGUGAGGUCAAAAUUAACGCGCGAAAGCGAUGACUUUUUAGGGCAAACUAUCAUAGAAGUUCGCACUCUUUCUGGUGAAAUGGAUGUUUGGUAUAAUUUAGAGAAGAGAACCGAUAAAUCUGCAGUAUCAGGAGCCAUUCGCUUGCACAUCAGCGUUCAAAUAAAGGGAGAGGAGACUGUCGCUCCUUACCACUUGCAAUAUACGUGCCUGCACGAAAAUCUCUUUCAUUACUUGACAGAACAGCAGGAAGGGAAAGAGAAAGGCAAGGUAAAACUGCCUAAAGCUAAGGGUGAUGAUGCUUGGAAAGUGUACUAUGAGGAUCCUGCUCAAGAGAUAGUAGAUGAAUUCGCCAUGCGAUACGGUAUUGAGAGCAUUUAUCAAGCAAUGACUCAUUUUAGCUGUCUAUCGGCUAAUUACACAUCGCCCGGAGUUCCCGCCGUUAUGUCUCAGCUCUUAGCGAAUAUAAACGCCUUUUAUGCUCAUACUUCAGCUACCAGUUCGAACGUUGUAUCAGCUUCAGACCGUUUUGCUGCUUCCAACUUUGGCAAGGAGAAAUUUGUAAAGUUGUUAGAUCAAUUACACAAUUCGCUACGGAUUGACUUAUCAGUUUAUAGGAACACUUAUCCAGCCUCAGAUCCAGAGAGAUUAUUAGAUUUAAAAGCCACUGUCGACCUCCUUACGUCCAUGAUGUUCUUCCGAAUGAAGGUGCAAGAUAUAUUCCGCCCACCGAGGGCAUCAGAUGUUGUGAAAGACUGCGUACAAGCUUGCCUAACUUCAACCUAUCACUUUCUAUUUGAUAAUUGUAAUGAUAUUUUUCAACGAGAAUUUCAAACCGAUGGGAAAGAUGAAAAAGACGGGCCCAAUUCCAAGAGUUUAGGUUUUUGGCGAAAACUUAUUCAUCUAAUUGUUUCAGUAAUUGAAGAAGACUGCAACAGCUACGCACCAAAUUUGAGUCAAUUUCCAGCAGAAUUGAAUGUAGGUCAUUCAUCGAAGGAAGCUAUGUGGUCCUUAUUUUCUCAGGAUUUAAAGUAUGCCAUCGGAGAACAUGUAAACGAUAAGCCUUGUAAAGCAACUGAAUAUAUGAAUUUUUACUUUGAGAUAAAAGGUCUCUAUACUAAAUACAUAGCUGACGCUCCAAAUAUGCAAAACGACAUUCCUGAAUAUCCACUGUGGUUUGAGCCUUUAGUUAUGACAUGGUUGAAUGAAAAUGAAGAAGUAUCUAUGGAUAUAUUAAAAGGUGCAUAUACCAGGGAUAAAAAAGAAGGUUUCCAAAGAAGCACAAAUCUUGUCAAAUUCUCCUCAUCUGUAACUGAUAUAUUUUCUAAUCUUAAUUCCUGCUUUGACAUUAUUCAAAAAUUAGAAUGCCCUCAUUCUGAAUUAGUUAAAAGAUAUAUGCAACGGUUCUCUGUAACAAUAUCCAAAGUUCUUCUAGGAUAUGUUGAAAUGCUGAAAACAGAUUUUCCCAGCUUUGCUAGCAAACAGGAAAUAGCCUUUACUCUAAUGAGUAACAUACAAGAACUUAGAGUCCAAUUAGAUAAACUCUUUGACAAAAUGGGAGGUAAGAACUUGGACGAAGAAACUGUAAAUGCUCUCAAUGCUCUGCAAACUAAGUUGAAUGGAGUAUUAGAUGAAUUGGCGGCCAUUUUCACAAAGACUCUAGAAUCGCAAAUAGGCGAAUCAGUAAAACAAAUGAACAACGAAUUGAGUAAUCCUGCAAAGAAAAAUUUGGAUGAUAAGAAGAGCGUAGAGAAUAGCGUCAGCUAUCUAUCUGAUACCCUGGACUCUUUCCUUACUGUUUUCUUGGAUCAGGUUGAAAAGACUGUUUUCAAGAGAAUAUUAAAGGAGCUUUGGAAAAUCGUUAUUAAAAGCUUAGAGAAGAUUGUAGUCCUACCACCAAUGUCUGAUCCUCGACAGCUCUUCCCUAUUCCCUCUAAUGCUCAGGCUAAGAUUGAAGAUGUUUCUCGGAGUAUUUUGCGCAAUGUAACUCAGCAAGCAUCUAAAAUGCCUGUUUCUAUGAUCUCAACAUCUGAUUCCCAACCAUUGGCUGAUGUUACCCGGCGUUUGGCUGAUUUAUCGAGAGAUGUAGAAAGAAAUAUGACUCCCGGACAUUGUAAGAAGUUGACUAUGGCUGUUGAAGAAAUAGUUAACUGUUUCUACGGAGACGGUAACGGUCUAAAGAGAAGUUUCUUGGAAAAUUCACCUGAACUGAAAUCGCUCAAACACGCUCUUAGCCUUUAUACACAGACAACUGAUUCGCUUAUUAAGCAUUAUGUAACAAAUGAAGUGUCGCAGGUGCCAUUUAAACAACACAAUCCGGCAGGAGACGAAUGCGUUGGUGAAGUAUCUAUACAAGUGGAUCUUUUCCCUCACCCUGGAACAGGCGAGCGCAAGAUUAAGGUUACAAUCGUUGCAGCAAAUAACUUGAAAUGGAAGACAACAGGGGUCUUUAAACCAUUUGUUCAAGUCCAUCUAUUAGGGCCUUACUUAACUAAUAGGAAACGAAAAUUUGAAACUAAAUCGAAAAACAACCAAUGGUCACCAAAAUUUAGUGAAAAUUUUAAUUUGGCCUUUGGAAAUGAAGCAGAUAUAGAGUGCUAUGAAUUACAUAUCUGCGCUAAAGAUUAUUGUUUUGGUAGGAAGGAUCGUUUAAUCGGUGUUACUGUUAUGCAAUUAAGGGACAUAGCUGAACCUAGAACUUGCGCUUGUUGGUGUUCAUUGGGUCGUCGAAUAAAUAUGGGAGAAACUGGCUGGACGAUAUUACGUAUCCUAAGUCAAAGAACAAAUGACGAAGUAGCCAAAGAAUUCGUUAGACUCAAAUCUGAAUGCCGCGACAACGAUGGAGUUAGUUAG